CAGAAAUCAAAAGUACAAGUCGUCUGAUCAUAGUCAGUUAUAAUCAAUUAAAAAAAAAAAUUCAACAUGAAGGUCUUGGCUGUAUUCGCUUUGUUCGUUGCUUUCGCCGCUGCUUUGCCAGCACCAUAUCCACAAGCAUAUGGUCAAAACGACCUCUUGACUGCCAAUGCCAAUCCACAACUCGACAAUGCUGUCCGAUCAAAACGUUUCAUCUUCUUCUCAAAAGUCUUCGUUCCAUACACACCAGUCACAUACACCAAAGUUGUUGCUGCCGCUCCAGUUGAGACUGUCCCAGUUGUGACACCAGUUGUCAAAAAGACUAAAGUCGUUGUACCUGCUCCAGUUACAUACGAAGUGAAACCAGUCACUUAUCAAUACACAUACAGCAUCCCAUCAUACACAGUCGUUAAAGCAGUCCCAGCCGUUCAUGUUGAAGCUCAAGUUCCAGCCGUUGCCACCGCCACCGUUACCAAAACCACUGCAGUAGCCACAGAAACUGAAACAGCCACCGACGAGUCCGAAGAAUAAAAUGGAUUUGAAUGGCCUUUUAUUCAAAAGGCAAUGUCAAUAGUUGUACAAACGUAACAUUAAAUGCAAUUUAAAUAAACAUAAUUCCGUUUUAAAAA